AUGUUUAGAUCGGGUUGGUGGUGGUCGCCAAUGGAAAACGUGCAACAUGGCAUGCCGUGGGUUGGUACUCCGUUGGACUUCCUGAUUCGGGACGAUCUCGGAGAACCCCUCCGAUUGCGGGUUGAGGCUUUUUCCCCCAUGGCAAAAGUGGAUAAUCUCGCGCGCGUGAUGGGGCCGCAUGGUGUUGGCGUUGGUGUCGGCGCUUCGGAGAGCGGCGACCGUCCUCGGGAAACGACUGUACAGGACGGAGAUGACUACGGAGUCAGUCAGAGUUUUUUGCUUGUUUUGAUUUGCGAUGAGUCGCCGACCGGCCCGAGUGAGGAUCGGUAG